UCCCAAAUUUUCUCUCUCUCUCUCUCUCUCUCUCUACGAAGAGAGCAGCAGCUGCAGCGCAAUCAAAUAGGAAGGAGAGGCCUUCCGCCGUCUCUCCGCCCUCAGCUACUUCCCUUUUUCUUCUUCUUCUUCUUCUCUCUCUCUCUCUGUCUCUCUUUCCACGGAGACAUAUAAUAGAUACGCUUGCGUCUUUAUGUAUGCUAUAUCUCUGUUAAUCAGUUAAUCAUACAGGUGAGUUGCGAUUGAAGCCUUUCCGAAGCGAGCUUAAGGUUGGCUGUAAUCAAGAGCUUCAAAUGGCUGGAAAAUCGAAUAAGGGGAGGAAGAAAGGAUCUCAUAGUACUACGAGUUCUUCAGAACCAGCAGUCUUGUCUGAUGGUCCAAAAGAUAACUUAAGUUCUUCAGGGGCAUCCAAAGCUGAGGCUAACGGGAAUGUGGCCGUGACUGAAUCAACUGGGGCUGAAUUGGAAAUAAAGCAGUCAGAAAAUGCAAAUUCGGAGAAUCAGGCUAAGCAAGGGGAAAUUCACCUCUACCCUGUUUCUGUCAAAACGCAAGGCGGUGAGAAGCUUGAGCUGCAAUUGAGCCCUGGAGAUUCUGUUAUGGAUGUGAGACAAUUCCUCCUUGACGCGCCAGAGACCUGUUACUUCACAUGCUAUGAUUUAUUACUGCACACAAAGGAUGAGACAGUUCAUCCACUAGAAGAUUACAAUGAAAUUUCUGAGGUUGCUGACAUUACAACUGGUGAUUGCUCCUUGGAGAUGGUUCCUGCACUAUAUGAUGAUAGAUCUAUUAGGGCUCAUGUUCACCGCACAAGAGAACUGCUGUCUCUUUCAACUCUGCAUUCCUCUUUGUCAACGUCACUUGCUCUACAGCAUGAAACAGGGAAAAGUACAGCUGCAAAUUCAGGAGAUUCUGUGAAAACUGAGGUCCCAGAGCUUGAUAAUUUGGGUUUCAUGGAGGAUGUGACUAGUUCACUUACUAAUUUGUUGUCAUCAUCUUCUAAAGAGACCAAAUGCAUGGAGAGUAUAGUGUUCUCUUCGUUCAAUCCUCCUCCAAGCUAUCGGAGGCUUGUUGGGGAUUUGAUUUAUUUGGAUGUAGUAACAUUGGACGGGAAUAAAUUUUGUAUUACGGGAACAACAAAAAUGUUUUAUGUAAACUCAAGCACAGGGAGUGUUCUUGACCCAAAGCCAAGCAAGGCAGCUUCUGAGUCAGCCACCCUUAUUGGACUCUUGCAGAAGAUUAACCCAAAGUUCAAGAAAGCUUUUCGGGAAAUUUUGGAGCGGAAGGCCUCUGCUCACCCUUUUGAGAAUGUCCAAUCUCUGUUACCUCCAAAUUCAUGGCUAGGACUGUAUCCUGUUCCUGAUCACAAGCGUGAUGCAGCUAGAGCAGAGAAUGCAUUGACACUGUCUUUUGGAAGUGAGCUAAUCGGCAUGCAAAGAGAUUGGAAUGAAGAAUUGCAGUCCUGUAGGGAAUUUCCACACACGAGUCCUCAAGAAAGGAUCUUGCGGGAUAGAGCUCUUUACAAAGUUACUUCUGAUUUUGUUGAUGCAGCAAUUAGUGGUGCAACUGGAGUUAUCAGUAGAUGUAUACCACCAAUUAAUCCAACUGAUCCAGAAUGCUUUCACAUGUAUGUUCACAACAACAUAUUCUUCAGUUUUGCUGUGGAUGCGGACCUUGAGCAGCUGUCAAGGAAGCACUCAUCAGAUAUUAAUUCAAAGAUUGAGAGCACUUCUUCAUUGCAGCAUUUGUCUGAGAAGACUUCCAAUAUGUCACCACAUGGAGAUGCUGCUGUUUCCAGUGGACACAAAGUCAAUGGGCAUAAUACAGAUGAUUCCAAUUGUGGUGUGGAUUUGGCUUCUGAAAUUCCUGCCGAGUCACAGAUGGCUGAAAGUGAGCAAGCAACAUAUGCGUCUGCAAACAAUGAUCUAAAGGGAACAAAGGCAUACCAAGAAGCCGAUGUACCUGGGUUGUAUAAUCUUGCCAUGGCAAUUAUUGACUACAGGGGUCAUAGAGUUGUGGCUCAGAGUGUUUUACCAGGCAUCCUUCAAGGUGAUAAAUCAGAGUCCCUUCUGUAUGGUUCUGUUGACAAUGGGAAAAAGAUUUGUUGGAAUGAAGAUUUUCAUUUGAAGGUAUUGGAUGCGGCCAAACGCCUCCAUUUGAAGGAGCAUACAGUCUUUGAUGGGUCUGGAAAUGUUUUCAAACUAGCUGCACCUGUGGAAUGUAAGGGUAUUGUUGGUAGUGAUGACAGGCAUUAUCUCUUGGACUUGAUGAGAGUCACUCCUCGUGAUGCAAACUAUAUAGGACCUGGUUCCAGAUUUUGUAUUUUGAGACCUGAAUUCAUUUCGACCUUUUGCCAGGCUGAAUUGGCAGAGAGGUCAAAAAAUAGUCGCAAACCAGAGGGUGAGCUUCCUGGAGCUACUAAUUCUUCAAAAGUUGAUAGUUCUGAAGAACAGUCAAUAACUAAGGCUGAUAUGGAAAUCACAACCUUGGACAAGGAUGUGCCUAAAGAAGAUAAACAUGAAUCUGUCCAAGAAAGUGGUCCGAUACCUGCUGAUAAUGGUGACACAAGUGAGGAGAUAUCUUUCAAUCCUAAUGUCUUUACGGAAUUUAAAUUAGCUGGCAAUGAAGAGGAGAUUGCUGCUGAUGAAGAAAAUGUUAGGAAAGCAAGUGUCUAUCUUAGAGAUGUCGUGUUUCCAAAAUUCAUUCAAGAUCUUUGUACGCUUGAAGUUUCACCAAUGGAUGGGCAGACAUUGACUGAAGCACUCCAUGCUCAUGGUAUUAAUGUUCGUUAUAUUGGGAAGGUUGCUGAGGGUACUAAACACUUGCCUCAUCUGUGGGAUCUUUGUAUCAAUGAAAUUGUGGUCAGGUCUGCAAAGCACAUCAUCAAGGAUGUCUUGAGAGAUUCAGAGGAUCAUGAUCUUGGAUCUUCAAUUUCACAUUUUUUCAACUGUUUCUUUGGAAACUGCCAAACUACUUCUAUGAAAGGUACUCCUAACAGCAUGCAGACCAGAACACAAAGGAAGGAUCAGGCUGGGCAUCAAGCUUCUGCCAAAUCAUCUAGGGCAAAUUCAAAGUGGAAAAACAAAGGACCUGCAAGAAAGAAACAGUCAUCAUCAUUGAGUAUUACAUCUGAUAGUUUGUGGUUUGACAUCCUAGAAUUUGCAAAAAUCAAAUACCAGUUUGAGUUGCCAGAGGACGCAAGAUCACGGGUGAAGAAAAUGUCUGUCAUACGGAAUCUUUGUCAAAAGGUUGGCAUUACCAUUGCAGCUCGCAAAUAUGAACUUGAUGUUGCAGCUCCAUUCCAAACAUCAGAUAUUUUAAAUGUCCAACCCGUAGUCAAGCAUUCUAUUCCAGUAUCUUCAGAAGCUAAGGAUCUUGUGGAAACAGGAAAAAUUCAGUUGGCUGAGGGAAUGCUCAGUGAGGCCUAUGCAUUAUUUUCUGAAGCAUUCACAAUACUUCAGCAGGUGACUGGUCCAAUGCAUCGGGAGGUUGCUAACUGUUGUCGAUACCUUGCCAUGGUUCUGUAUCAUGCUGGAGAUAUGGCUGGAGCAAUAAUGCAGCAGCAUAAGGAACUUAUUAUAAAUGAGCGCUGCCUUGGCCUGGACCAUCCCGAUACUGCUCACAGCUAUGGCAAUAUGGCUCUUUUCUACCAUGGUCUUAACCAGACUGAACUUGCACUUCGCCACAUGUCCCGGGCAUUACUCCUCCUUGGUUUGUCAUCUGGACCUGAUCACCCUGAUGUGGCUGCAACUUUUAUAAAUGUUGCAAUGAUGUACCAAGAUAUUGGGAAGAUGAAUACCGCUCUUAGGUAUUUGCAAGAAGCAUUAAAAAAGAAUGAGAGGCUCCUAGGUGAAGAACAUAUUCAGACUGCUGUAUGCUAUCAUGCUUUGGCCAUCGCUUUCAACUGCAUGGGCGCUUUCAAACUCUCUCACCAGCAUGAAAAGAAGACAUAUGACAUACUUGUUAGACAACUUGGAGAGGAUGAUUCUCGAACACGUGAUUCCCAGAACUGGAUGAAUACAUUUAAGAUUCGUGAAUUGCAGAUGAAUGCACAAAAGCAGAAAGGUCAAGCUCUAAAUGCAUCUUCUGCUCAAAAGGCUAUUGAUCUCCUCAAGGCACAUCCGGACAUAAUCCAUGCACUGUCUACUACUGGAGGACCCGGAAGUUCAGGUGCCGCCAGUGCAAACAAAUUCAAUGCAGCAAUUCUUGGAGAGGCUCUUCCCCGAGGUAGGGGAGUUGAUGAAAGAGCAGCCAGAGCUGCAGCAGAGGCGAGAAAGAAGGCUGCAGCAAGGGGCCUCUUAAUCCGCCCUCACGGAGUUCCUGUGCCGGCCUUCCCCCCACUCACUCAGCUCCUAAACAUAAUCAACUCGGGGAUGACACCAGAUGCUGCCACCAACAAUCCAGAAGCUGCUGUUGAAGAGAAGAAAGAAGCAGCUAACGGUCUUCCUUCAAGCGGACCAGAGGAUGAAUCCUCCUCCACUAAAAAGCAUCAAGAUCCGGCCCCCGUCGGAUUGGGCACAGGCUUGUCUGCAUUGGAUGCCAAGAAGCAGAAAACGAAGACCAAAGUCGCUGCAGCUUGAUUGGUGGAAUUGCAGAAUGGGUUCCCUCCCAAGGUGAAGGGGUAAGAUAAACCAACCAACCUUUCCAACUGGUUUGAGCGGGAGGUUCUCGGAAGAUUUGAUGAGGAGACAUAUGCUUUGGUAGUGAUAUAAAAAUUGUGUUAUGUUUUUAAAAUAAUUGAACUGUGAGAUCGAAAUAUAUUUGGACCAGAAAGUGGCUGGUCAAAUUUUUGAUGGCAAAGAGAGCUUCGUAUUUUUACUCAGGUAGGAAGAAGAAGCUUACAAAUAAUAAUAAUCAAAAUGGCAAAAAUGUAAUUUUAAUUUUGUAGCUGUGCCGUGCCGUGCCGUGCCGUUAUCAACCCUUAGGGUCAUUUUUAUCUGUAGAAACAGUUAAUUCAUCCGGAAAGGAACCUUUCUACA